GCAGGGGGCGGCGUCAUUUCCACACCGUCACGUCACUGCUGCGCUUCGCCGGGCGGGAUUUCCGCAAUAAUAUCAAGUAUGGCGAAGACGUACGACUAUUUGUUUAAAUUACUGUUAAUCGGAGACUCCGGCGUCGGGAAGACCUGCGUGCUGUUCAGGUUUUCAGAGGACGCCUUCAACUCCACGUUUAUCUCAACUAUCGGCAUCGACUUCAAGAUCAGGACGAUAGAGCUGGACGGAAAGAAGAUAAAGUUACAGAUAUGGGACACAGCCGGCCAGGAGCGCUUCCGAACAAUCACAACAGCCUACUACAGAGGGGCGAUGGGCAUCAUGCUCGUCUACGACAUCACCAACGAGAAGUCUUUUGAAAAUAUCAAGAACUGGAUAAGGAACAUAGAGGAGCAUGCAUCAGCCGAUGUGGAGAAGAUGGUCCUCGGCAACAAGUGCGACAUCAACGACAAGCGGCAGGUGUCCAAAGACCGGGGGGAGAACCUCGCGUUAGAGUAUGGGAUCAAGUUUAUGGAGACCAGUGCAAAGGCCAACAUCAAUGUGGAAAACGCAUUUCUGACACUCGCCAGAGACAUCAAAUCAAAAAUGGACACAAAAUUGGAGGGCAACACACCGCAGGGGAGCAGUCAUGGAGUCAAGAUCUCCGAGCCUCAGAAAAAGACCAGCUUCUUCCGCUGUAGCCUACUCUGAGGACGGAGGCCUUCGUCACUGGCUGCCAGCUGGCUGGACAUAAAUGGACUGUGCUUGCUCUCAGCACUUCCUUCCCCUUUUCCUCCUUUCUUACCCAUCCAUGACCCGUCCUCCCCAGUCCACACAAACCAUUAUAUUCCCAGUAAGUGGAGGACUUCCUUCCCCCUCCUUGCUUCCUCUUCUGAAAGCUUCCAGUGGUGCAUCUCUUCCAUUUUUAAGGAGACUUCGUUUGUUUUUCAUAGGUCAGAGUGCUUGACGGGUCGAGGACUCAACCGAGCGCGUUGUCCAGAUGUUCUUUACCACACAAAAGACAGGCUCUUACUCCCCGAUGUUAGUCUCUUUUGUUGUACGCACUUAUAUUUCACACAGCUGGUGGCACAACUUGAGUAUGAGAACCUGUUAAAUUAAUAUCAAGGUUUUGGGGAUUGCAAAAUAGCAAAUGUGAUAUUUAGAUCUAUUUUUUAUUAGCGCUCUUUCCCUUUUUUUAAAAAAAGCAUCAACCACAGACUGAGCGGCUUGAACUCGGUGAAACAGAGUUGCACAUGCUUUCAUUUUCAUUUCAGCAGUUGAGAAUCAUAUCACACCCACAAGGCAGUCAAGGAUCUGAAAGGUUUUUUCCUUUGUGCGCAGUCCUUGACAAUCAUUUGUUGUGACUAAAAAACCCCCGCUUCUCUUUUUAACCCCUUUCAGCUCCUGGAAGGUAUUUUUGGAAACACAAAACCUGAAAAAGUACAAUCCAGAUCUCUGCCUCUGUAGAUAAAGUUCUGCUGUCAGGUCAUCAGCAGAACAUUUGCGAGCUGAUAUGUGUCUGCUUUAGACUUUUCUCUGCUUUAGUGACCUACAGUGCAAUAAGAUCAGAGCUGCAGUUAGUUAUUCUUUUUGUCGCAGCCCGAGGCGACAUCAUGUUGUCCGAGCAGCAGUCGACGAAACAUUGAGUUCACUGACGUGUGAGGGGAAAAGCAGAAAAUCUUUGUGUUGUUUGACAUUUCUGCUAGAAAACUGACUUGAAGGGAUGAAUCUGUUCUCUAAUUGUUUCGUCCCGUUUUGACUUGAGGGUUUGGUUGCAGCUCUGAUUCACAGCCAAGCUAAAUGACGUCUCCGGUUAUCCGAUCGGUUUCGAAUCACUCUUGAAGUUUCGCACUGUAAGCCCCUUCUCCAGCUCUCCUUGCACUUUACACAGUAACCCGUGUUCUUGUGUGUAGUCCGUGCCAAGUGAUAGUUUUGCAAUACAACUACUUAAGUGAGUCAAAACCGUUUUGAUCUAUUGAGUAUUGGUAGUAUUACGGGCAAUAUUCCUAAAUUUUUACAAAUACCUACUUAUAAUCGUAUAAACAUUUCACUGCUGGUGAUCCAUUGUUCACUGAAAUACAUCACCCUGAUGUUCAACAGCUGCGUGUAUUUAUAAAAAAGGAAAAACAGUUUGCAAGCCUCUGUUUCUAUGCUUACCCGCCUGCCAAACGAUAGUUUAAAAAGUGACGUUUUCUUGGCGUAUUACAUUAAAAGGUCCCGUUAGUAUUGUACAACUCCUCAUUUGUGUUUUUUUUAUUGUGGCUCCGCAGCUCGACAGCUAGGUGGCACCACAGGCACAGCGUGCGGUCCAGGCGACCACCUUUAAACUCCCAGUUUUAACCAGUGUUUUAUUUAAAAAAAACAAAUAAACAUGAGCCACAGUGAACUAGACAUGUGCGAUCCAGAUAUGUAUUUAACGUAGAUGUUGAUUCUCGGUCUAUUCGUUCCUCCAUGUUUCCCUCUUUAACAUCUAGUCUGAAAAUUAAACUCCUGUAUGCACAAUUUCUUUUUAGAGGGAGGAUCUGCUUUUGCUUGCCUGCAUCUUUUUUUUAUUUUUUAUUUUAAUAUCAAAUCAUUUGGGACCUCAUGACUACCGCGGCCAUUUGUCUUAACCACGAAUACUCAGUUCUGUCAUAGGUGAGCUAUGCAUUGUGAAUCUUGGACCUGUGCAUAUGUUGUGUAAUGUAAUUUUUCCAGACAUACUUGUAGAGGCCUGUACAGUUGAAUGUACGGGCUUUUUUUUGUUUUUUUAUUUUAUUACUAUUUUUGUUCUGUGUCAUUCACUGAGCCAAAAAAAAAAAGAAAAGGACAUGCUCAGUUUGUAGAAACGGCAUUUGCUACACCGGUGCGAGUGAAACGUAGCAUGGUGGCAGAUUUUUUUUAAGUAGGAAGGAGUCUGAGCGCCAAAACGUUGGAGGUUUAGUGCUGUCGUCUCAUUCGAGUGACGCUGUAGCUUUAAGUCAUGCAACGGAAACGCUUGUGGGACUCGAGCUGUAUCAUUUUCAGCUGAAAUGAUACUUCCUCUUUUUGAUUUUGUUUUUUUUUUUAAAUCAUAUCCUUUUUUCUUUUUUUUUUUUGUCCUAUCACGUCAUAAUGAUACUGUACAUCUGUUUUUACAGCCAUAUUUUCAUUCCAUCGAUUGUGAAGUACACAGGGAGAAUAAUACGAGACGUUUUGAAGAAAAAAAAAAGUGGGGGAAAAAUAAACAUUGUAAAUAUCACAUUGAAAAAAAAAAAAAGAGAUCUACUUAAAUUGUACUGUACUUUCUAAAUCCAUAUGAAAAUGUAUCUACAAUUUGUAGGUAUGUGUACUUUUGAUUUAAUAAAAUAAGAUUAUAAAAC